UAUGCCGACUAUGCCGACAUAGCGAUGUAAACAUGUGUCAGAUGCUCAAGAAAAUUUCGUUAUAUUAACUGGAGAGCUUGUUUAAUCGAUAAAAGUUCAAAGAGAGAAAGACUGUUUAUCAUGUUGCCUAUCGUAACGAAAUCGAGCAUAAUCUCGAAGUUAACUUGUAACUUGUUAAGUAAGACUUUGAUUAAAAAACGCAUCAUACAACUAAAUAAAUGCAAAAGCUACGUUCGAGGUUAUGCUAACCUUGAUUCGUCAUAUUUUUCGAAGAGAAAUCCUCAACCGAUACUACAAUCGUCUUUAAAAAGUUUUAGUUCAAAUGCUGAACACUCGACAGAAUACGUACUUAGCUCUGUUCAAUACGAGAAGAUCUGUGAAGAAACUUUAGAUUCAUUAACUGAGUACUUUGAGGAAUUGGUUGAAACAGCGACACAUUUGCCAGAUGCAGAUGUAUCUUAUGGAGAUGGUGUACUGACUGUAAUAUUUGGUGAGCCAUACGGUACUUAUGUUAUAAAUCGUCAAACACCAAACAAACAGAUUUGGCUCUCUUCUCCAAAAUCAGGACCAAAACGUUAUGAUUUUAUAAAUGGCCAAUGGAUAUAUAAACAUGAUGGCAAAACACUACACGAAUUAUUAAAUAAUGAAAUACCAGCAAUUGUGAAAAAUCAAGCGUGUUUUGAUAAAUGUUCUUUUGGUGGUAAAAAUAAACAAGAUGUGUGAUUAAUGGUUUUUGUUCUGAGAAAUGUUAAUGGAGAGUUAAUUAUGAUAGCUGAUGUGAAUUAAUUUUCUUUAUAUAAUUGUAUGUGGAAGUUACUAAAGGUUAGAUUUAUGAAAAAGUUGUACAUAAAACUAAUAUUAUAAGAGAAGAA